AUGGAAAAACUUCACGACUUGGACCUGCAGGCCGUGAUUGUCAACAGGGAGGGGAUCAUCGUGGACACCGUGUACUACAACAACCUCACCUCCAUGAAGGGAUCAAUCACGCACUCGGGCGACGUUUCCAACGGGGCGUCCGAAGGCGUGGACGAGUCCGUUUGGAUCUCGCUGGCGCAUGUCCCGGAGGAGAUCUGGGGGGCCAUCUUCGUGGUGUGCGCCUUCUCGAAGGGGAGCCGCCUGAAGGACGUGCAGAACGGGCGGGUGGUGCUGAUGGAGGGCACGACCCUGAACCGGCUGCAGGUCUUCAACAUCGAGAGGAGCGUCGCGAACGCCGACGUGGUGGGCCUCGUGAAGCGCACCAGGGAGGGCGGCUGGGCCUUCAAGGAGAUCGACGAGCCCGCCGAGUUCGGGUCCCACUUCGUGGACAUCAUCGAGCCCUGGAUCGGCGACGUCAUCCGCGCCGAGAUUCCUACGGCCCCAGCAUUCCAGAAGAUCUCCUUCGUCAUGGACAAGGGCUCCGUGGCCACCUUCCCCGCCGACGCGGUGCUGAAGCGGAUAUUCGUGGGCAUCGGCGGCUCGUUGUCUCCCUCCCAGGUGGAGGAGGUGGACAUCGACGCGGAGGCCGUGUUCUGCGACAGCGACGGGCACGUGAUCGGCGCGGUGGACGGCGAGAACCAUUCGCUCUUCGGCGUCGAGCACAGCGGGGACAGCGUCGUCGGCCACGAGAGCAUGGGGGACGACGAGGCCAUCACCAUCGACCUGGCCAAAAUCCCGAGCAAGGUGGCCCGCAUAUUCAUCGUUCUGACCGUCUUUAACGGUACUUUCGAGCUUGUCGAGAAGGCCUACGCGCGGGUCUUGGACCAGCACUCCUCGCAGCUGGUCCGCUUCGACAUCCAGGCCCACGAGGCCUAUGGUGGGCUCCUCGUGGCGCAGCUGAUCCGCAGCGACGGGGCGGAGAACCGGUGGGGCUUCCAGGGCUUGGGCAAGUUCUUCACCUGCACGGCCGGCUGGAAGAGCGGGGCCUCCGAGAUCAUCUCGAAGAGGGGCAGGCACGGCAAAGACAGUCAGAGGGCGAGUUUGAACAACAAGCUCGGAGCACACGUGCGUUUGGACCCUGGGAGGAUCCGGUGA